CACUUGAAAAUAAUGACAGAAAGCAAAGACGUAUAAAUAUUGAUGGAGUACUUUUAUGGCAAAGAUUUCCCAAAAGCACUUCAAAGGAGUCUAAGCACAAAUAUUCAGGAGAGGAUCAUGGGGACCCUACUACUGACUCUGCUUGGGCUGCAGACAGUGAUGGGAAUGGGACGUUGGUGCGAACACGUGAUGGAGGAGAGAGUGGAGCAAGUCAAGUCGCCGCGCCUGCAGCUGGAAGUCAGCUGCGCGGAGGUGUAUCAGUACGACGCUCGGGACUGGAGGCUGGACGUGGACAGGAUGCGCGCCAGGCACGGGGGCGACGACGGCAUCGCGCUGUACUACAAACACCAGGGUGCAAAGGCGUCCUGCUUCCUGUACAAACCACCAGAGAUGGAGAAGCAGAUGGUGAACAAGACAGUGAGGACAUGCUGUGAGGGCUGGGGAGGACCACACUGCUCUGAGGGUGUGGGCGUGCGUGGCCGGUGUUUCUCUACGUGGAGUUGUGAGAACUUCCCUGGGGUCCAUAACUCCUCUCUCAUGCCGAUGGAGCAGUGCUGCAGCACCAUAUGGGGGCUGAGCUGGAGGAACACCUCGGACCACACCUGCCUGUCCUGCACCUACACCCUUCUUCCUGACUCCCAGUCCUCCCCUUUGGUGCGCAGUGGGCUGCUGGGGAGCAUCAGGGUGCCUCAGAGCUCAGCCACCUGCAUGUCCUGGGGCGGAGCCCACUACCGCACUUUUGACAGGAAGCACUUCCACUUCCAGGGCACCUGCACAUACCUGCUGGCUUCAUCCACUGACGGCACCUGGGCGGUCUACAUCAGUACGGUCUGUGACGGGAGAGGAGAGUGCAGCAAGGCUUUGAGGAUGAUGUUUGGUCUCGAUUUGGUUUCAAUUCAACGCAAGAACUUAACGCUGAACAGCCUCAGUAUUCCAAACGGAAAAGCACUCUUUGAAAAUGGAGUAAGUGUUCACUGGCUGGGGGACUUUGUGUUUGUGGAGAGCGGCCUGGGAGUAAAAGUGAAGUUCGACCUGAGGAACACUGUGUACCUGACGGUGAGCGCCGAGCACCUGGCGGGCACCAGGGGGCUGUGUGGACUCUACGACAACAGCGCCGACGAUGACUUCACCACAAUGGCCGGAGCUGUGUCCCAGUUUGCUGCCAGCUUCGGAAACUCGUGGAAAGUUCCCGACCCACAAAACGAAGGAUGCAGCGACGCGGCCGAGCUCGGCCACAGCUGCGACGUCUCGGGAGACGUGGCCCUACGAGGGCGGGCGGAGUCCGCGUGUCGACGCCUGCUGGAGGACCCGUUCACACGCUGCCACCAGCGGUUGGACCCAGCCGCCUAUAUGGACACCUGUCUCUACCUUUACUGCAGCCUCCCACCCGCGGCCCGGGAUUCAGCGGUGUGUGACACCCUGGCCAGUUACGCUCGAGAGUGUGCUCAGCAACACGUCCUCAUGGUGUGGAGGACAGACACGCUGUGUGGUCGCGUCUGUCCCAGAGGUCAGGUGUUCUCAGACUGUGUGUCCUCCUGUUCCCCCAGCUGCGCGUCUCCCCAGCCCCCCGGGCCUGCUGCAGUCAUGGGCCAGUGCAGGGAGGAGUGUGUAGGUGGCUGCGAGUGUCCGCCAGAGCUUUACCUCCACCAGGGCUUCUGUUUGACAAGAGACAAAUGUCCCUGUUUCCAUCGAAGACGCACCUACCAGUCAGGGGAAAGCAUACAGCAGAGAUGCAACACCUGUCUGUGCCGAGCAGGCCAAUGGCAGUGUACUGUGGAGAAGUGUGCCGUCCAGUGCAGCCUGAUAGGGGCGCUACAGGUAACCACCUUUGACAAAAAGAGGUACUCGCUGCACGGAGGAGACUGUUCCUACACCGCCGUGGAGGACUUUGUUGACGGGAAGCUGGUGGUGAGUGUGCGCUGCGGGCUGUGUACAGCGGGAGGAGGUGUAGGAGAAGGUCUAGGUUGUCUAAGGGAGAUGUCAGUCACAGCACUGCGCACCACUGUCACCAUCACAGACACCGGUACAGUGAUGCUGAACGGCCUGAGGGAGCCACUGCCUGUGGUGACAGGGGACCUUGUUGUACGUAGGGCCUCUUCCUCAUUUCUCCUCAUCCAGGCUUUUGGGGCCCAGCUGCUGUGGCACUUAGAUGGACCUUUGGCUCUCAUCACCCUGCAGCCUGGCUUUGCCAACAAGGUUCGCGGCCUUUGUGGAACGCUCACCUGGAACCAGCAUGAUGACUUCCUCACCCCGCAAGGAGACGUGGAGAACAGUGUUUCGUUGUUCGCGAGCAAAUUCACGACAGAGCGGUGUGCUCCACCUAGAGGGGCUCCACCUGACCCCUGUACCACAUACACCCAGAGGAGGCAGUAUGCGGAGACAGUGUGCUCUGUCAUACACAGCCCCGUCUUUCAGGUGUGUCACGACGUGGUGGAGAGGGACCCAUUUUUCCGUCUCUGUCUGUCGGAGGUUUGUGGCUGCGCUCCACAAAGGUCCUGUCACUGCACCAUCCUCACUGCCUACGCCCGACAGUGCGCUCAGGAGGGCGCCACAGUACACUGGCGCAAUCAAACGUUCUGCACGGUCCAGUGUUCAGGAGGUCAGGUGUACCAGGAAUGUGGUGGCACAUGUGGCGGCUCCUGUUCCGACCCAAGGAGCUGCGAUGCCGCUGGCGGGGGGGCGGGUCUCAGGCUGUGUGUUCCGGGUUGCCAGUGCCCACUCGGGCUAGUGCAGGACCUCCAUGGCCAGUGUGUGCCCAUCACUAUGUGCCCCUGUGUGCAAGGAGAGAAGACUUACCCACCUGGGGCCCGGAUCCAGAACAACUGUAACACCUGUGUGUGUGAGCGAGGGCUGUUUAACUGCACUCAGGAGCGCUGUGAGGAGGUGAACCAGUGUCCAGGCCAUCUAGUCUACUCCCCACGCUCCUGCCUCCUCACCUGCUCCGGUCUGGACCUCCCUGGCCGCCAGCAGGGGUCGGGUGUGGCACAUGGGAGCUGCAGAGAGUCCGCCUGCGUCUGUCCCCAGGGAACCGUCUUGCUAGAUGAUCGCUGUCUUCUACCAGAGGACUGCCCCUGUCACCAUAAUGGUCGACUUUACUACAGCAACGACACCAUUACCAAAGACUGCAACACGUGCGUGUGCAAGGAGCGGCGCUGGCACUGCGGCCAGUCGGCCUGCGCCGGUGUCUGCGUGGCGACGGGCGACCCGCACUACGUCACGUUCGACGGCCGCCCUUAUUCUUUCCUGGGCGACUGCCAGUACGUGCUGGCGGGGGAGACCGGCGGUCUGUUCAGCGUGAUGGCAGAGAACGUGCCAUGUGGCAGCACCGGUGUCACCUGCACAAAGUCGGUGACCCUCAGCCUGGGAAAUACUGUCAUACAUCUGCUGAGAGGUAAAGCUGUGACAGUAAAUGGGAUGCCAGUUAGUCUACCAAAGUCCUACAGUGGCAGUGGUCUGACUUUGGAGAGAGUCGGCAUGUUUGUCUCUCUUUCCUCCCAAUUAGGGGUCACUCUGCUAUGGGAUGGAGGUAUGCGUGUGUACGUGCGGCUCGAGGCCCACCUGCGUGGCCGGGUUGGGGGCCUGUGCGGUAACUUUGAUGGGGACACAGAGAACGACUUCACCUCGCGGCAGGGCAUCAUGGAGUCAACCGCCGAGUUGUUUGGUAACUCCUGGAAGGUCAGCCCCUCCUGCCCUGAUGUUUCAGACCAGGACCUCCGGGACCCCUGUGCUAUUAACAACCACAGGGUCCCCUGGGCCAGGAAAAGGUGUGCGGUCCUGACUCAGGAGCUCUUUUCUCAGUGCCACCCUGAGGUGCCCUUCCAGCAGUACUAUGACUGGUGUGUCUUUGAUGCUUGUGGCUGUGACUCAGGUGGUGACUGUGAGUGUCUCUGCACAGCCAUCGCUGCCUAUGCUGAAGAGUGUAACCGCAGAGGCGUCUACAUCCGCUGGAGGUCCCAAGAACUCUGUCCUAUGCAGUGUGAUAACGGGCUGGUGUACGACCCCUGUGGUCCAGCUUGCUCUCACUCAUGUCCCAGCGUUCAGCCGAGUCCACACUCCCAGUGUGGCGCUCUCUCCUGCGUGGAGGGCUGCUUCUGCCCAGCCGGCACCGUCCGGCACGGGGACAGCUGUGUAGUUCUCAUCCAGUGUCCAUGUGAGUGGGAGGGCUCCAUCUUUCCACCUGGAUCCACCAUCACUCAACACUGCCAGAACUGUUCCUGUGAGGUUGGCGUUUGGCAGUGCAAGGGUGUGGCUUGCCCUCCGGUGCCUCCUCCCUGUUUAGAUUCAGAGUACACCUGUGCUGGGGGGCGCUGCAUCCCCUCCCAGUGGGUGUGUGACAAUGAAGAAGAUUGUGGCGAUGGUUCGGAUGAGAUCUGCCCGUCCACCUGCCCCCCGGACAAGUUCCACUGUACCAGCACGCCGAGUGGACCAUGUCUGAACUUGGCGCUGCGUUGUGACGGACACCCAGACUGUGCCGACCAAUCGGAUGAGGAGUUCUGCGGCCCUGCCACCCCCACACCCCUGUGCCCGCCAGGGGAAUUUCAGUGUGCCAAUGGAAAGUGUCUGCCAGCCAGCCGAGUGUGUGACGGGCGUCUGGACUGUGGCUUUGCUGACGGUUCUGACGAGCAGGACUGCGGCGUGGUGUGUGAUGAGGGGGAAUUCCUGUGUUCUGGAGGACGUUGCAUUCUCUACCUCCACCGCUGCGACGGACACGAUGACUGCGGAGACCUCAGUGACGAGAGGAAGUGUGUCUGUGCAGCUGGAGAGUUUCAGUGCCCUGGGGAUCAGUGUGUCCCUGCAGACAGAGUGUGUGACGGACACAGAGACUGCCGCUCUGGAACAGACGAAGCCGUCUGUCCUAGUAGAGUGACCUGCGCUCCUGACCAAUUUGCCUGUAGCGAUGGAACAUGUGUCGCCACUACUAAAGUAUGUGAUGGAAGGUCGGACUGUGGGGCCGGAGAGGACGAGAACAGAACCCACUGCUACACGACCCCUUUGCCCUCCCCCGGUUCCCAGACUACCCCCACUUUAGGCUGUAGGUCCUAUGAGUUCCGUUGUGCCACUGGCGGCCAGUGUGUGCCUCAGGCCUGGCGCUGUGAUGGGGAAACCGACUGUAUGGAUGGUAGCGACGAGCAGGGGUGCACGGCCCCCUGUGGCCCUGGCCGGGUGCCCUGUCUCAGCAGGGACCAGUGUGUAGACUAUCAGCAGCUCUGUGACGGGAUCCUACACUGCAGGGAUGCCUCGGACGAAAGUGUCGACAACUGUGGUUCUAUUCGGAUACCACCGUGCCUCGGCAGCUUCCUGUGCGACAACCACACCUGUGUGAACAUGUCGCAAGUGUGCAACGGCGUUCAGGACUGUCUACAGGGCGAAGAUGAGUUUGUGUGUGAUAAAUCUGUCCCACCAGUAUCCCCUGGAAGUAGGAACACCACUAUCACCUGCUCUGAAUUUACCUGUAUGGACGGAUCCUGUGUCCCCUUUAAUAUGGUGUGUAAUGGUGUGAUAGACUGCCCGGACUCCUCACUAUCACCAUUUGGAGGCCCCACUGAUGAGCAGGGCUGUAGAACCUGGAGCUCCUGGGGUCUGUGGACCCCCUGCAGCACCUCCUGUGGUACCGGCUCCAGGAGCCGGCAGAGAACCUGUCCUACAGGACAUCCAUUGAGUCACUGUAAGGGACAGGACUCCCAGAGGGAGCAGUGCUUCAACACCACCUGUCCUGUGGAUGGUCAAUGGCUGCCGUGGGUGAGCUGGGCCAACUGCUCCAGCGGUUGCGGUGGCGUGCAGGUCCGACACAGAGGCUGCACCCCCCCACACUACGGGGGCCGGGACUGUUUCCAGCUCCCCGGAUCAUUCAACAUGUCCACAGAGAUUAAGCCCUGUCCUGACGAUGGAUGUGUCAACACCAGCUGUCCCACUGGGCUGGUGAGACACAACUGUGCUCCCUGCCCAGUGUCCUGUGCCCACAUCAGCAGUGGGGCAGGCUGUGAUCCAAAUGCCCCCUGCUACUCAGGUUGCUGGUGUCCGGAGGGCCAGGUGAUGAGUCACACGAAACAGUGUGUGUCACCAGAGGAGUGUGUUUGCGAGAUGGCAGGUGGGCGCUACUGGCCGGGCCAGCAGAUCAAGGUGGACUGUGAGAUUUGUGUGUGUGAGAGUGGAAGGACACAGAGAUGCCGGCCCAACCCAGACUGCUCCGUUCACUGUGGCUGGUCCUCUUGGACUGAGUGGGGAGAGUGUUUGGGGCCUUGCGGUGUUCAGAGUGUCCAGUGGUCCUUCCGGAGCCCAAACAACCCAAUCCAACACGGAGACGGGAGAAGGUGCAGGGGAAUAUACAGGAAAGCCCGGCGGUGCCAGACCAACCCCUGUGAUGAGUGUGAGUUCCAAGGUCGGUCACAUGCUGUGGGAGACAGAUGGAAGUCCGACAACUGCCAACUUUGUCACUGUCUAGCCAACCUAACAGUGCAGUGUUCCCUCUACUGUCCCUUCUCUGUCAGUGGAUGUCCACAGGGCCAAAGUCUGGUGUCUGUAGAAGGAGACAGGUGUUGCUACUGCCAAGGUGACUGUUGGUAUCCUCUGGGUGUCCAGACUCUCCCAGACUCCAGUUUCAGUGCCUCAUCACAGCAGCCUGGUCACCCCCCUGAGGUAGGCCGGCUGCAUUGGAGGGACCCCCAUAGAGACCUCCAGGGUUGGAGUCCAGAACCCCACGAGUAUAAGGACCUACCAGAGCGGAGGCCCGAGGGACACACAAGCAGCCCAUACCUACAGACAGACCUGCUGAAAGCAUACAACAUCACAGGUGUGCUUACACAGGGUGGUGGUGCAUUCAGCACAUUUGUGUCCAGCUUCUACCUCCAGUUCAGCAGGGAUGGCAGACAGUGGGACACCUACAAAGAGCUUGUUACUGACGCCCGGCCCGAAGCCAAGGUUUUUUAUGGUAACCAUGACGACGGAGGGGUGGCAGAGAUCCGACUGGACAGGACGGUGGAGGCUCAAUUUGUCCGCCUGCUGCCACACGACUUCCAGAAUGGCAUCUACCUUCGACUUGAGAUCAUGGGCUGCGGAGAUGGUCCGGAAAUAGUUCAAUGCUACUCAAUUCAAUAAUUAUGCAUUUUAGUUUCCUUAAACGUGAUUUCUAUGUCGAAUAUAGCAAAGUUGAAGCACUCGUUUACUAAAUCGGACCAUUCCCCACGUGCAGGUACACAGCCAUCAACUACAACCAUUAGUCCACGCCGCUGCUCAGAUGGUCAGUUCUCCUGCCCCCCACCAGGGGGCUGCAUCAAUGCGGGGCUGCGCUGUGACGGAAUCCCACACUGUCCAAAAGGGGAGGAUGAAAUGGGCUGCCAUUCCCAUGACAUCACCACCGAGUCAAACAGACUAUACACACCCACCCCUGCACCCCUCAGGACACCACCCAAGACCGCUGUCACAGCCACUUCAACGGUUGGUACCCCAGGAUAUCGUGCCAUCUGCUCAUCACCCCUGGGACUGGAGGAUGGGAGAAUUCGAUAUGGUCAGCUGACGUCGUCCUCGCACCGCGAGAACAACCCUGCUGAUGCUGGACGAUUGAACAUCGUCCCUAACGUUCAGGUUAUGGAGCCUGGAUGGAGCCCCUUACCUGCAGACCCUCAGCCCUUUUUUCAGGUGGACUUCCUGGAGCCCACGUGGGUGUCAGGGGUGGUGACCCAGGGCGGUGAGCGCAUGUGGGGUUACCUCACCAAAUACCGCCUGGCCUUCGCCCUACACAGCAGCCUCUUCACAGACUAUAUCGACAAUAGAAACCCAGGCAGCCCUGCUAAGGUAUUUACGGUGCGAAUGGCAGGCAGGAGCCCAGUGACCCGCUGGCUCGGUCGGCUGGUCAGAGCUCGCUACCUCCGCAUCAUCCCUGUGGAGUUCAGACACACCUUCUACCUGCGUGUGGAGGUCCUCGGCUGCAGAGCAGAUGAGCUAGUGACCCCCAGCAGCCUGACCACGUCCCCCUCUGCUGGUGGGGAAGUGACGGAGCAGCGCUGUGGCCUGGGUCUGUUUGCAUGCCAGCACAGUGGAGAGUGUGUCCCGGAGAGCAGGCUUUGUGACGGUCGGGCGGACUGCAAGGAUUACUCUGACGAGAUCCACUGUGGCUCUCCUGGGCUGCAAAACCAGACCAGUACCACAGGUACCCCCGGGCUGCAGACCACUAGGUCCCAAGGCGGCCUUCCUGGCAUGGCUACCUCCGGGGUCACAGGUCAUAAAGCCCCCCAGAAGACAACGACCUCAAGUACAGGGGUUACUACAGGUCAACCAGGACUUCAUCCCACCCCAACGCGCCAUUCUGGAAAACCUGGGUUGCAAACCACUCCAGGCGAGACGACCUUGCUGGUUUUCUCACAACGCACCACCCCCCAUGUACCCAGCCCCUGCUCCCCCAAGCAGUUCUCUUGUGAUAGUGGCGAGUGCGUUCACCUGGACCGCAGAUGUGACCUGCAGAGGGACUGUGUGGACGGAUCGGACGAGAGAGAUUGUGUGGACUGCAUCAUGUCCCCGUGGACACCAUGGAGCGCAUGCAGUGUCUCUUGUGGUUUGGGCUCCUUGUUCCGGCAGAGGGACAUUCUGAGGGAGGCUGUGCCCGGAGGGAGCUGCGGAGGAGCUCAGUUUGACAGCCGACCCUGUUUCCCUCGAGCAUGUCCAGUCGAGGGUCACUGGUCCCAGUGGACCGAGUGGUCUCUGUGUGACAGUCAGUGUGGAGGUGGUGUCAGAAUGAGGAACAGAACCUGCUCUGCUCCUCCCCCUAAGAACGGUGGGCGGGACUGUGAGGGCAUGACCCUGCAGAGCCAGAGCUGCAAUAGCCAGCCCUGCACCAAAGACGCCGAGACCCAGACAGGCUGCGUCAACGGCAUGGUGCUGGUGACUGAGGGGGACUGCAAAGCCGGCCGGGUUGAGCCGUGUCCUCCUACCUGCUCACAUCUCAGCAUGACCAGCAACUGCACUACAGCAUGUAUACUGGGGUGCCGCUGUGCCGAUGGUAUGUACCUUCAGGAGGGCCGAUGUGUGAAUGGCAGCCAAUGCGUCUGUCUCUGGGACGGUCGAACGCUGCAGCCGGGACAGACCGUCAGCAGGGACCAGUGUGCCACAUGCGUGUGCAUGGACGGGCAAGUAACCUGUGACACCUCCCUUUGUGUGACCACCUGUCAUUGGUCAGCCUGGUCGUCAUGGUCACCUUGUGAUGUGACCUGUGGUCUAGGACUUCAGCAACGCUACAGGUCUCCAUUGGACCCAGCUGGAGCCGGAACAAUCCAGCCCUGUGCAGGAAACUCCUCGGAGGCCCGCCGCUGCUCCGGCUCCUGUCGCACUGAGCUGCCCGAUGGAGAUUGGACCAGCUGGUCAGAGUGCAGCAAGACGUGUUUCAACCACGUAGAUGAUGUUGGAAUCAGGCUUCGAUUCCGCAGCUGCAACCACACGGUCACCGCCUUCAACGGCACAGUGAGGGGCUCGUCCUGCGAUGGAGGCGGCGAGGAGCAAGAGCCUUGUAACACCGUCCACUGUCCAGUGAACGGCGGCUGGUCAGCAUGGUCAUCCUGGUCUCAAUGUUCGUCAGAGUGCGACUCCGGCGUCCAAACGAGAGAGCGGUUUUGUAGUGCACCCACCCCACAGCACGGGGGUAGCAGCUGCUCCGGGCCGCGCAUACAGACAGGAGACUGUAACUCCCACUCCUGUUCAGGUGUGUGUCCAGAGGGCAUGGUGCACAUGACAUCAGCAGAGUGCGAGGCUCAAGGCGCCGCCUGUCCGCGCGCGUGUCUCGACAUGACCUCCGUGGAGGUGCAGUGUGUCACCGCCUGUUACAACGGCUGCUACUGCUCCCCGGGCUUCUACCUGCUGGAGAGGCGCUGCGUGCCGCUGGGCCAGUGCCCGUGUUACCAGCAGGGGGAGUUGUAUCCAUCUGGUGCCACACUGCCGGUGGAUGCCUGCAAUAACUGUACCUGCACUAAUGGAGAGAUGCAGUGCGGAGCAGCUCCCUGCGCUGUGGACUGUGGCUGGAGCAGCUGGACCCAGUGGAGCGCUUGUAGUCGAACGUGCGACGUUGGUGUGAGAAGACGCUAUCGUUCGGGAACAAAUCCUCCUCCAGCUUCUGGCGGCCGUCCCUGCAAAGGAGACCGAGUUGGGAUCGACACCUGCAGCAUUGAGCCCUGCAUUGGUGUGAGGGAGCCAUGGGUUGCGUGGUCUGACUGCUCUGUCCCGUGUGGAGGAGGGUACAGGACCCGAACCCGUGGACCCAUCCGAAUCCACGGCACCGCUCAGCAGUUCAGCGCCUGUAACUUGCAGCCCUGUGGAGACGGCAGAGUGUGUCCUCCCGGCCAGCAGUGGAAGCAGUGUGUGAUGGGACCAGUGUCAUGUGCAGACCUCACAAUGAACCUCAGCAGGAACUGCACGCCGGGCUGUCAGUGUCCACACGGGACUGUCCAACAGGAGGGCACGUGUGUAAGAGAGUCUGACUGCCUCUGUCACUUGGGUGGAGAACAGUACAAACCAGGAGAUGUCGUCUCCACAGACUGCAACAAAUGCACAUGUGAAGCGGGGAGGCUGGUGAACUGCUCUCAAGUUACCUGUAAUGUUGAUGGCCAAUGGUCAGAGUGGACUCCUUGGGGUCAGUGUUCGAUGUCGUGUGGACCGGGUCUCCAGUCUCGAUACCGGUUCUGUUCCAGUCCCCAGCGCUCUGGCAGCGGCCUGCCGUGUCUGGGCCCUCACAGAGAGGACCAGGUCUGCGUCAUCGUUGUGUGUGACCGUGACGGAGGCUGGGGUCCAUGGAGCAACUGGACGGAGUGCACCAAAUCAUGCGGGGGCGGGGUUCGAAGCCGGAGGAGAGAGUGUAACAGCCCCAGUCCGGAGGGAAAGGGCAACUACUGCGAGGGUCUGCGAACAGCAUUCACAGCCUGUAACACUGAACACUGUCCAGUGGCGCCGUGCUCGCGGGUGCCCGGCACCGUGUUCAGCAGCUGUGGUCCAUCCUGCCCGCGCUCCUGUGACGACCUGGCUCACUGUGAGUGGCAAUGUGAGCCCGGAUGCUACUGUACGGGGGGGAAGGUUCUGUCUGCUCACGGGACAGCCUGCGUAGAGAGAGAAGACUGUCCCUGCAUGGACCUUAGCACCGGACACAGGCUGCAGCCGGGGGAGACCACCGAAUCCCUCGAUGGAUGCAACAACUGCACCUGUGAGAGCGGAAGGCUCCACUGCACCAAAUACCCCUGUCCAGUGUCAGGCGGCUGGUGUGAGUGGUCAGAGUGGACUCCGUGCUCCAGGACCUGCGGGGCGGAGUCAGUGUCCCGCUACAGGAGCUGCGGGUGUCCUGAGCCUAAGGCCGGAGGGGUGCUCUGCGUUGGAGAACAGGAAACACACAACGGGGUCGGAGUUCAAAUCCAGAGACAGCCAUGCCCUGUCAUCACCUUCUGUCCAGUCCACGGUUCGUGGAGUCCCUGGUCGGCGUGGUCGGUGUGUGACGCAUGCGCCGGGUCCUCCACGCGCACCAGGGACUGUAACCGUCCUCCUGCCAGGUUCGGCGGGCUACCCUGUCUCGGAGAGAGCAGGCAGAGUCGCGGUUGCCAUGACAACCUCACCAUCUGCUCAGGCUGUGCUGGAGGCCAGGAAGUACGGCCUUGUGGGAAGCCCUGUCCUCGCUCCUGUUCGGAUCUCCAUGGUGAUACAGAGUGUCUCGACUCCUCUGGGUGCACACAGACCUGCGGUUGUCCAGGUGACAUGGUUUUGCAGGACGGCGUGUGCGUGGCCAGAGAGGAGUGUCGCUGCAAAUACCACAACAGCUCUGCUUCUGUAAUGACAUUCAGCGGUCUAGAUUCCAGUAAUGCAUCAUGGGUAUGGUCAGGUGAAUCUGAUUGGCAGUUUGCAAAUCCAGGAGACAGCAUCAUCAGUGACUGCAGAAACUGCUCAUGCAAAGCUGGCGUUCUGCAGUGUCAAUCUGACCCUGGUUGCUAUGUUGACGGUGGCUGGAGCCAAUGGGGGGGGUGGACUGAUUGCUCGCUCUCCUGCGGAGGAGGGGUCAAGUUCAGGAGACGCCAGUGCGAUAACCCGUCCCCCCAGAGCAGCGGGAGGGGCUGCCUGGGAGUCGCUGAACAGCAGAUGAGCUGCAACAUGCACCUGUGCACAGACUCCGUGGGCCCCUGGCUCCCCUGGUCUCCGUGGUCCGAGUGCUCGGUCAGCUGUGGUGGAGGGCAGCAGGCCCGCUCUCGUCUCUGCAGCUCGCCACCCUGCAGCGGCCUCGGCCGCCAGAGCAAGACGUGUAACACCCAGGUCUGCCUUGAAGUGGGCUGCCCCCCAGGUAGGUUGUACCGGGAGUGUGAACGAGGCGAAGGCUGUCCGUUCAGCUGCGCUCAGGUCAGCGGAAGAGAGGGCUGCUUCUCGGAUGGCUGCGAGGAAGGCUGCCACUGCCCCCCUCACACAUACCAGCACCGAGGCCUCUGCCUGCAGGAGUGUCCAUGUCUGGUGGACAAAGACUUCAUGGGCUCCCUGCAGAGUGUUUCUGUGACACCCGUCUCAUCUCUGCUCCUCCAUAACAUCUCUGAGGGGGUAGAGGUUCAGUCUGGAGACGCACUGAUCCACGAAUGCAGCACCUGCGGCUGCAAGCAUGGCAGAUGGAACUGUUCCCUGGUGCAUUGCCAGGUCAACGGAGGUCUGUCCCCCUGGGGCUCCUGGAGCCCCUGCUCGCUGUCCUGUGGAGGUCUGGGACUGAAGACCCGCUCCAAGAGCUGCACACAGCCGGCACCAGCCCACGGUGGAAGAAACUGCCAGGGGCCACGCCAGGAGACCACCUACUGCCAGGCCCCUGAGUGCCCAGUGAUUGUCGGCCCUACAGAAGAACCAGCUUUACCAGAUGAGGAUGCUGGAUUCUCGCUAUGGUCCUCAUGGAGUCCAUGCACCAGGCCCUGCACUGAUGCCCUCAACCCGGCGACAAAAUCACGUCAUCGGCAGUGUGUCAGGCCCCCCUGCUCUGGAAGCUCUCACCAGGAGAAGGCCUGCAACUUGGCCCAGUGUCCAGAUGGAGACGAGGUGUGUUUGGGGGCGAACUGCACCAGGAGGAACUGCUCGUGGACAGAGUGGGGGGGCUGGGGGUCCUGCUCGCGGUCCUGCGGAGUGGGUCAGCAGCAGAGGAUCCGCACCUUCUUCAACCCGCGGAGCAACGGGUCGUGGUGCGAGGACAUCUUGGGAGGACACCUGGACCAUCGCUUUUGUAACAUCAAACCCUGCCGAGUGGAUGGAGGCUGGUCCCGCUGGAGUCCCUGGUCUCGCUGUGAUAAGCACUGUGGCGGCGGGCGCUCCAUACGCACUCGCUCCUGCUCCAGCCCUCCGCCCAAGAACGGAGGGAAGAAGUGUGAAGGAGAGAAGAACCAGGUCAAACCCUGCAACACCAAACCCUGUGAUGAGAGCGGGUGCCCGCCGGGCCUGGCGUCGGUGCCUUGUGCCAACCAGUGUCCACAGCGCUGCUCUGACCUUCAGCAGGGCAUCGAGUGCCAGGGCAACACCGAAUGUCAGCCUGGCUGUCGCUGCCCUGAAGGCCAGCUGCAGCAGGACGGGCUGUGUGUGCAACGGUGGCAGUGUGACUGCGUGGACUCACUGGGACAGGUGUGGGCGGCCGGGAGUUUGCAUCAGGCGGACUGUAACAACUGCAGCUGCUCCGAUGGACAGCUGGUGUGCACCAAUCAAAGCUGCCAGGCCACCUGCCUCUGGAGCUCCUGGUCCAGCUGGGCGUCGUGCAGCGUCUCCUGUGGGCAGGGCCGGAGAACCAGAUACAGGUCUCUGGUCCCGGACACGGAAGGAGCAGAUUGCCAGUUUGAGGAGGUCCAGCACAAACCCUGCGACCCAGGGCCCUGCCCGCUUCUCUGUGUCCAUGACAACCGGGAGCUUGGAGUGGGGGAUACUUGGCUGCAGGGGGAGUGUAAACAGUGCACAUGCACCCCAGAGGGAGAUUACUGCCAAGACAUUGAUUGCACAGUGGACGGUGGUUGGACCCCAUGGUCAGUGUGGUCCGACUGCACAGUGACCUGCGGACGGGGAGCACAUGUCCGAACCCGCGCCUGCAUCAACCCCCCUCCGCGUAACAACGGGUCUCAGUGCGGCGGGCCGGAGCGAGAGACGCAGGACUGUCGUCCUGCUCCCUGUCUGGACGACCUUUGCCCCUGGUCGCCGUGGUCACCAUGUUCCCAGAGCUGUGGCGCCGGGUCUGCAGCGCGGCGCAGGGCGUGUUUGUGCGUGGAGGGAGGAGACGCAGUGUGUCCCGCUGAGAUCGAGGCAGAGAGGGACAGAGAAGAGACACAGCUUUGCUACAAGCAGCCCUGUUCAGGCUGCCCCAUGUCGGAGUGGAGCGUCUGGUCUCAGUGCUCCUGUGCUUCUCAGAGACAGCUGCGCUACCGCGUCGCCGUCUCUCCAGCCAUCAGGGGGCAGCAGUGCACUCCUGUUGAAACCGAGAGCAGGACGUGCCGUCUCCAUCCAUGUGAUGAGUGCAAAGCCCCUUUUGUGUACUCUGCGUGCGGGGCGCCGUGUGAGAAGCAAUGUGCACUGCAGGGCCGCGGGGAUCUUUGUGGAGGUGUCCGUGAAUGUACACCUGGCUGCUAUUGCACACAGGGCCUCCUGCAGCAGAAUGGUAGCUGUGUUCCUGCAGCACAGUGUGGCUGCAUCCACCUCCAGCACCAAGACUCUGGCCACCCGCCCACACCUGUCACCGUGCCUCAGGGGGCCAUGGUCACCAUAGGCUGCAGUACCUGCCUUUGCCAUGACGGAACUUUGCAGUGUGACACAAGAGAGUGUGAAGUCAUACUCAGUGAGUGGUCUGAGUGGACUCCCUGUUCUCCCUGCGUACCAUCUUCUUCCCUGCAAAUCAGCUACUUCCAAGCAGGGGUCAUCAGUGCCAGUCAGAUGCACUCAACCCAGCGGCGUUUCCGGGCCUGUUUGGACCUGUAUUCGGGUGUCCCAGUUUCUAAAGAGGAGAAUGAGAGCCAAUGUCCAGGACCUGUGGUGGAGGAGAGGCUCUGUCCAAAUGCCGACAUCUGCAGAGAUCUGUGUCAGUGGAGUGCCUGGAGCGCUUGGACAGCCUGCGCAGAGCCUUGCAGUGGCGGAGUCAGGCAGCGCUUCAAGCGGCCCCUGGUCUCUCCUCCAGAGCCACGCUGUAGGAGCCAACAGACACAGAGCCAGAGCUGCAACACAGCACUCUGCCCAGGUGAGCGCUGUGAGGAUAGGGGCCGGACUUACCAAGAGAGCUGUGCCAAUCAAUGCCCUCGCAGCUGCACUGACUUAUGGGAGCAUGUGCAGUGUCUCCAGGGAGCAUGUCACUCAGGUUGUCGGUGUCCUAAGGGACAGUUGCUGCAGGGUGGCCACUGCGUGCCAGUGACCGAGUGCCGCUGCGGUAUCCCAUCAGGCAACGGAACGCUGGAGUUCAAUCCUAAAGAGGAGAUUUCCGUCGACUGUAACACCUGUGUGUGUGAAAACGGUACUCUGACGUGCACCAAGCUCCAGUGCCCGGUUCAUGAGCCCUGGAGCCCGUGGAGCUCCUGCUCAGCCUCCUGUGGACACGGCCAGAUGACAAGGACACGUCUUUGCCAGGACGCGGAGGGCGCUCUUUCCUGUUCUGACACCACACAGACAAAGGACUGCGUUCUACCGUCAUGUCCAACGGGGUGUUUGUUGAGCGAGUGGUCCUCAUGGACCGAGUGCAGUGCCACCUGUGGCGGCGGGUCCACUGCGCGGAACAAGACGGUCCUGAGAGCCCCCGAGCCUGGUGGGGCGGUCUGUGUUGGACCAGUUGAACAGCACACUGUGUGCAACACCAACAGCUGCCUGCCGGAGUGUCCUACCGGGCAGGUAUUUAAUGACUGUUCAGGUUCCUGUCCGUAUACCUGUCAGGACCUGUGGCCACAGACUCAGUGUUUACCUGGACCUUGCACCCCAGGGUGCAGCUGCUCUCCUGGACAGGUGCUGCAUGAAGGCUCCUGUCGGCCCCAUGCCGACUGUCCCUGUUCACCGCUCUCUCUGCCGCUGGAUCACCUGCUCUGGAACAUCAGCGCUGAGGAGAUGACAGAAACUUGGCUGCGGCCUGGAACGGCCGUACAACACCUGUGCAACACGUGCAUAUGCCAAGGAGGAGUGUUCAACUGCACCUCGGAGCUCUGUGAUGUGGACUGCGAGUGGUCCAGCUGGUCCCAGUGGACGCCCUGCUCAGCGAGUUGUGGCACGGGGCAACAGAGCUCCACCAGAGUCAUCCUGCAGCCCAGCCGGUACGGAGGGGCCCCGUGUGAGGGCUCCGAGCACCGCACCCAGACCUGCUUGGCCCCCGACUGUUCAUGUCCUGACAGCGAACAGUGGAGGAGGAGAGCGCCGGACGAAGCGACGCUUUGCGAGCGGAGCUGCCGGGACAUUUACUCCUCCUCUCUGGUCAACUGCAGCCGCGCCAGUGAGAGAUGCGUGUGUCGGGAGGGGCUUUACCGCGACCCGGGGGGCGUUUGUGUCAUCGCCGCUCUCUGCCCCUGCCAUGACCAGGACAUCCAGCGGGAGGCGGGAUCAGAGUGGGAGGACGGCUGUCAGUUGUGUCGUUGUGUCAACGGGAAGAAACUGUGCCAGUUAAGAUGUCCACCACUCCACUGUGAUGAGGCGGAGGUGAAGGUGCAGGAGCCGGAGAGCUGCUGUCCAGUCUGUAGGAAGCAAUUUCCAGAUGAGCCCGUGCCAGAGUGUCGGCGCUACGUGCAGGUGAAGAACAUCACCAAGGGAGGCUGUCGGCUUGACAACGUGGAGGUCAGCUCCUGCAGUGGACGCUGUCUGUCCAGCACAGACGUCAUCCUGGAGGAGCCCUACCUGCAGUCAGUGUGCGAGUGCUGCAGUUACCGUUUGGACCCAGACCACCCAGUGCGCUUCCUCAGCCUGCAGUGUGAGAGCGGGGAGAGCGAGCCGGUCGUCCUGCCUGUCAUCCACAGCUGUGAGUGCACCAGCUGCCAAGGAGGUGACCUUUCCAGACGCUAAGCGAGUGUGUCAAGCAUGUGUGUGUGUGUGUGAUCUGUGUGUAUGGGAGAGUGUGAAAGUGUAAGCAAGAGCAGGUGUCAAUGCCAGGCUAAGUCCAGUGACAUUGCCCCACUAAAAGGCAGGUGGAAGGAUGAGAGGACCAAUGAAGUGGUGGUGGACGCCUCUCCGGAUCAUCAUUCUGCAACCUGUACAGCCUUUUUCUACCGUACAUUCAUAGUCAUAUUAAAGUACAUGUGACUCAGACAGAUUAUGCAUUUAAAUGUAUCAUAUGUAUAUGUUUUAAGAAUAUGUGGCAGAAAACUUCUUUAAGUGAGAGUUUAUAAUGAGACUGGUUAUAUAUUCUUUAACAUGUUGCAGUUCCAAUGAACUGCUCAAUAAAGAUUUGGAGAACACUGUUGGCUUUUUUUCUAUUUAAGAAUGUUUUUUCUACCAUGACCUCUAAAUAGCAUAUACUACUAUACACUAACCAUCAGGAGGAAUUAUGG